AUGCGCCGCCAAGCAACAGCGUUACCCACUCGCACCUGCCAGCGUCUGUCCGCCCCGCGGGUGCCCGCUCAGGCCGGUCUGGCUGCGUCUACCCAUGACUUGGCGAGUCUUUUCAAGUGUCCCGUCUGCUCCGACUAUGUGUUGCCCCCCAUCCUGCAGUGUCACAGUGGCCAUCUUGUCUGCGGCAACUGUCGCCCCAAGCUCACCUGUUGCCCCACUUGCCGGGGCCCGUUGGCAUCCAUUCGCAACUUGGCGAUGGAGAAGGUGGCCAAUACCGUGCGUUUCCCUUGCAAAUACGCCUCUUCAGGGUGUGAAAUAACGCUGCCCCACAAAGAGAAAGCGGCCCACGAGGAGAACUGUGAGUUCAGGCCUUACUCCUGCCCGUGUCCGGGGGCUGCCUGCAAAUGGCAAGGCUCCCUGGCUGCCAUCCUGCCCCACCUGUUGCAUCAGCACAAGUCCAUCACGACCCUCCAGGGCGAGGACAUCGUUUUCCUGGCCACAGCCAUCGACCUCCCCGGGGCUGUGGACUGGGUGAUGAUGCAGUCCUGUUUCGGCUCGCACUUCAUGUUAGUCUUGGAGAAGCAGGAAAAGUACAACGGGCACCAGCAGUUCUUUGCCAUUGUGCAGCUGAUAGGAACUCGCAAGCAAGCGGAUAAUUUUGCUUAUCGGCUGGAGCUCAAUGGUCACGGGCGGCGAUUGACUUGGGAAGCGACGCCUCGAUCGGUUCACGAGGGAAUUGCCACGGCCAUCAUGAAUAACGACUGCCUGGUCUUUGAUACCAGCAUUGCACAGCUCUUUGCAGAAAACGGCAAUUUAGGCAUCAAUGUCACUAUUUCCAAGUCUUGA